CUUUGACUUGUCACACACAGGAACUUGCUAUCAUCAUGGCUCGAAUGUUUCCCUCUUCUGAUCCGUGUCUACCGCCCUAUAAAUCUCUCAUCGUUCAGGGAGAUUACCACCCUUCAGCUCCAAUUCACAUGUGUUUGUCUGUUCCAACGGGUGCCAAGGCCUUACUUCUUUCUUCUUCUCGUCAGGCGCUCAUACGCAGUCUUCGAGAAUAUAACGACGAAUGGCUGCUUACCGAUUCUGGAACGGGGAAUACUUGUCACAGUAGCUCCAAAGUUGACAUCUUCUACCCUCCAACCCCAGAUCACCUCAUCGUGCUAUUAUCCGCGUUUCGGGCACACGAGGCCUCUGAACCUGUACCUGUCGAUGCAAAAGCAACCCUAGAUUCAGUCCCAUCAUUGCUUAUUUUGCACGAACUAUCUGCAUACUUUUUGCCCAUGAAUGAAAACAAGCCUCAUACUAUCGCAUCGUAUCUCCUGCUCGUUACCCACGCUUUUGCUUUGGUGAAUUUUCUUUCCCCGGAUUCACAAACGCCAAUGCGUCUCACUCUAUUUGAUUCCCAACUUGACAAAUUGAAGCUCCCCGUCCUACGAACCCCAAUUUUCAGCGUCUUCAACGGAGAAGAGAGCAACGAUGAAACAUCUAGACCCGAAUCGAUCGCUUUUCUGGCGCACAAGUAUUUUGAAUGGGUAGGCACAUUUGACAAAGCCGGCCCAGAUCCCGAUUCUCCAUCUGAUGGAAGUGGAGCGCAGCGUUGUACGCUCACAUUGCACAAGCAAGGCAGCGACCCUCAGACAGAUAUCAUGUGGCAGUGGUCAGAAGUUCUAGAACGAACCCACAGCCGCUGUGAGGAACCUGCAAUCACAUUCGCCUGGUCAUGACGUAGGGGUUCAAUCCCACGUCCGGCUCGCCUGGGAUAGCCUCACUGAAGGUUCGAUUGCGAGUCGAGUCCGGCCCAUGUUCUUCACAUGUUGGAAUCCGUAGAACGAAGUAACUGCAUAAUCCCUUCAGUAUUUCCUUAGUGCUUUAUAGUCUCCCGUAGCAGAAUUUCCAAACUGUUCAUGUAAUUGGUAACGCUCGUAUGAGAUGUUUGCAGCCAGAAGGCGUU